GAAAAGGAAACCUCUGUAAACAGCACCAUUAACAAAAAUAUGAUAAUACUAAUCAAUGGACUUAAUCAAACGUAUCUAGGCUUGAUUGAAUUCUACUCAACCAUCUAAAGCAAUACUCCAAGCCACCUCUACCUGCAGCUGAAAGAAGAGAAAAUGUGGCGACAGAGAAAUAUUGUAUACAUGUAUGGUUUGGUGUUUCAGUCGUUGUAGUUGGACUGGUAGAUAUAUAUUUAUAGCGUCUAGUUGGAACCAUUUCAGAUGGGUUAAGCAAACGUAAAGAUAAAGGCAAAUCACAAUGGGAAAUUUAAUAACGAAUGGAAAAUUAGAAGUUUGGGACAUCGUGGUCAUCAUCAUUCACUUUACCGCCGUGUUCUCAAUUGGAAUAUGGGCAGCAUGGGGAGGAGGAAAAGACAAUACAAGUGGCUACUUCUUGGCGGGAAGACAAAUGCCAUGGUAUCUCGUAGGUUUAUCGCUUGUCGUGACGAACAUCGGUAGUUCGACGUUCAUCGGAGUCUCCGGGACGGCAUCCAUAUCGGGAUUUGGAGUGGUCAUAUACGAAUUCCAGGCCUUGAAUUGUUUGCUGUUGUUGGGAUUCAUCUUUGUGCCUGUGUACUUCGCGUCAGAGGUUUCGACGGUCCCUGAAUAUCUCAAACUCCGAUUUGGAGGGGAUCGUCUUCAAAUCUUCAUCUCCGUAAUCAAUCUCAUCAUGGCGAUCGUUGUCAUGUUAUCGGGAGAGAUCUACGCUGGAUCCUUGGUCAUUCAACAAUCCUUAGGAUGGGACAUCUAUACAUCUGUCAUCGUCCUGCUCCUCCUGACCGCUGUGUAUACGGUGGCAGGUGGAUUAAAAGCAGUCAUCUACACGGAUGCCAUCCAAGCUGUUGUCAUGACGAUUGGUGCCUUUAUUUUAAUGGGAAUCGCCUUCUCGGAGAUCGGCUGGUCCAUGGAGACCCUUCGUCUCCGUUACAUGUCAGCAAUCCCCAACACCACCCAGGUCUGGGGAAACACCACCUGCGGAAUGCCCACUGAGGAUACAUGGCACAUCUUCCGUGAUGCUAAGACAUCGGACCUGCCCUGGCCGGGAUCUGUCUUUGGUACCCUCGUCCUGGGAUGCUACUUCUGGUGUACAAACCAGGUGAUUGUUCAACGUACUCUUGCGGCAAGAAACGUGACCCACAGCAAGGCCGCCUGUAUAAUGACUGGAUACUUCAAGAUCCUUCCCAUGUUCUUGAUGGUCAUCCCUGGCAUGAUCAGCCGAACUAUGUGGCCAGAUGACAUCGCUUGUGUCGAUCCAGUAGUUUGUGAGAAAGCUUGUGGAAAUCCAGCAGGGUGUUCUAACAUCGCAUAUCCAAGACUCGUAGUUGAACUGAUGCCGACAGGACUUCGCGGGUUGAUGCUGGCGACGAUGUUGGCAGCUAUGAUAAGUUCGUUGACCUCCAUCUUCAACGCAGCCAGCUCGAUGUUCGUCAUCGACGUAUGGUACAAGAUCAGACCGAGAUCGACAGAGCUCGAGCUCGUUAUCGUUGGAAAAUUGGCGACGAUUGUUCUGGUAGUAGUAGGGGUAUUAUGGAUUCCUGUCAUUCAAGCGUAUGGUUCUGGGCAGCUCUUCGUGUACUUGCAAGCCAUCUUGUCCUACCUUACCCCUGCUGUAUUCUCGGUCUUCUCGGCAGCUGUUGCUUGGCACAGAAUCAAUGAAACGGGUGCUUUCUGGGGACUGUUUUGCGGUUUCGCGGUUGGACUGACCCGGUUCAUCCUAGAUUUCGUAUACGGUGUUCCGUCUUGUGGGCAACCCGACAGUCGACCCGACAUCGUCAGGGAUUUCCACUUUCUUCACUUUGCUGUAUUCCUCUAUGUAUUCACCCUCAUCCUUGUAGUGGUAAUCAGCUUGUUCACCAAGCCCAUUCAUCCUCAAAAGUUGGUACGACUGACAUUCUGGACGCGAUUCUCGAAUCUCCCGAGAAUGGCAAUGUCCGAGGAAAAGGCAGAAGAACAAAGGAAGAAUGAUAUAAUUCGUGCAGAAAAACAGAAAGAAGCCGCAAUCAGAGCUCAGCAGAGGACGGGUCUUAAGUGGAAGGCCUGGAACAUCCUUUGUGGGAUCAGCGGAUCACCGGCGGACCAGGAGGAAGAACAAGACGAGGAGUCCCCCCAACACGAGAUGAAAGCUACUGCUUUUGAGGAUCCUAAAUGGGCUAGAGUAGCCAUGUUCAAUGGGGUGAUUUUAGGAGCCGUGUGUAUAUUCAUUCUGUCGUACUACGGUUGAUGAUUCAAUUCUCCCUUAAAAAAGAAUUACAAAAUGUAUUACUGAAUAGAUAUUUACGGAAUAAAAUAACUGUUUUAUUUUAUGGUCUAUACCGAAACGUUGGCACAUUUUUUUCCGAAACGGGGGAAAAACUCGAAUCAAAAUCUAAAUAAAAGCAACAAGCGCUUGCCCCCUCCUCCGCCCCCCCCCCAGUAUGCACCUGUAAUCUGACAUUAUGACAGUUGAUAUGUAAUAUUAUUUCUGAAAUGCUUCCCAAUGCUGUCACGCAGUCAUGUUACGUUUAAAGGGGCAACACCUGCAAUCUUAGUGAUAGUGUUAUUGUUGUAAAAUACUUUGUCAAAUACUAACAUUUUUAGUAUUUUUCUUUGUUGAUUUGCUUAUGAAAAGUUGCGGAAAUUGUAAAUUAUGCUAUGUAUUUAGGGACGGUGCCAUAGGGGGCUGGGGGCGACCAUUCCCUUAUGGUUAUUCAAGUCUAGUUAAAAAGAAGUGAGGGAAAAGAAAAAAAAAAGAAGAGUAAUGGGAGGGGGGGGGGCAUAAAAAGUAACUCUAUAUCCAAGGUCCAGCAGACCGAUCUACGUAUACCAAAUACCAUUCGAAAGUGAAUUCAGUGUAAUGUCUAUGAAGGAGCUUCUGGUAGAGACCCCCCCGCCCUCAUAUCCUGACGUAACCUACAUAAAAAAACAAGAAAUAAUCAUAUCUUCUCGUCAUCAUGAAGUAGGAUAGUUUUCUAAACAAACGCAUUUUAGUUAUCACAAACCGCUACACUAUUCCGUGUUUUGGAGAAAAGAAGGCGGAAUCAAUUACUAGGGAAGCAUAAUUAAUUUCUUGUCGUCAAUCAGUCAAUCAAUCAAUCAAUCAAUCAAUCAAUCAAUCAAUCAAUCAAUCAAUCAAUCAAUCAAUCAAUCAAUCAAUCAAUUAAUCAAUCGAUCGAUCAGUCGAUCGAUCGAUCAAUCAGUCGAUCGAUAGAUCGAUGAAUCAAUCAAUCAACAAACCAAUCAAUCAAUCAAUCAAUCAUUCAAUCAAUCAAUCAAUCAAUCAUUGAUUUGAUCGAGGAAACAGAAUGUAAACAUUGUACCAACAAAGCAAUCAUUUCUCCAGAUCCCAUUUAUGGUUAUUCUAUUCAUAAUUUUCGGUGAGCCUUUAUAUUAUAUCUAAUACACAAAAGUUCAGUAAAUAUUUAAAUUACCAGUAACAUGUAUUCAUAAACAAUAUUAUCCACCUCUAUAAUUUCAAAUAGUAGGCCUGCAUGUUUUGUAUGUACUCAUGCUGUUAGUUUCAAUGCAACAUAAUACAAGAGAAGAUAAAACUAUAUUUAAAUUAAUUUUUAGAGGCUGUUUAGUCCCCCCCCCCACAUUUUAGGAUUGAAUAGUUUUCAACAAACAAUUUAAAAAUAAAUGAUAUUUGUAUAAUUUUUACUCAGAGUAAUUUAAUAUAGAGAUGACAAUUUUUUUUCUGAAAAUGAUAAAAACAGGACCCGCCUUUGAAAAAAAAAUUUAAAAAAUGAAAACAUUGCAGUAAAAAUAAAUAAAUAGGUAAAUAUAAUAUUAC